UAAAAUUAUUUUUUCAGGCAUGAAGAUCUAAAAAAUAUGUUAGAUAGCAAUAAAGAUGGGUUAAAAUUAGAAGCAAUGAAAAGAAUUAUUGGUAUGAUUGCCAAAGGUAAAGAUGCUUCUGAAUUAUUUCCUGCCGUAGUGAAAAAUGUUGUUUCUAAGAAUAUUGAGGUUAAAAAAUUGGUUUAUGUGUAUUUAGUUCGCUAUGCUGAAGAGCAGCAAGAUCUUGCUCUUUUAUCGAUUAGCACAUUCCAAAGAGCAUUAAAGGACCCCAAUCAAUUGAUAAGAGCAAGUGCACUAAGAGUAUUAUCCAGCAUUAGAGUUCCUGUUAUUGUACCAAUAAUGAUGCUUGCAAUAAAAGAUGCAGUAAAUGAUAUGUCUCCUUAUGUACGUAAGACUGCAGCUCACGCUAUUCCAAAGCUAUACAGCUUGGAUCCUGAACAAAGAGAUCAAUUAAUAGAAGUAAUUGAAAAAUUGUUAUCUGAUAAGACAACUCUGGUUGUUGGAAGUGCCGUUAUGGCUUUUGAAGAAGUCUGUCCCGAAAAAAUUGAUCUCAUACACAAAAAUUAUAGGAAAUUAUGUAACAUGCUUGUAGACGUAGAAGAAUGGGGCCAAGUAGUGAUAAUUAAUGUGUUAACCCGUUAUGCUCACACACAGUUUGUAGAUCCAAAUAAAUAUUUAAAGGAUGGUGAUGAAGAGGAUGAAAAUAAACCAUUUUAUGAUUCAGAUGAAUCAGAAAAUAAAGAACCAAAAGAAAAUAAAUAUAUUAUGGAUCCCGAUCAUCGCUUACUACUACGAAAUUGCAAACCUUUACUUCAGAGUCGUAAUGCUGCAGUUGUAAUGGCAGUAGCUCAAUUAUAUUGUUACUUGGCUCCAAAAAAUGAAGUAAAUAUUAUUGCCAAAGCUCUCAUUCGUCUUAUUCACAGUCACAGAGAGAUUCAGUCUGUUGUACUUAGCAAUAUUGCUACUUUAUCUACUAAACAUAAGAAACAAGGAAUGUUUGAACCUUAUCUAAAGAGUUUCUUUGUAAGACCAAGUGAUCCAACUCAUAUUAAGUUACUUAAGUUGGAAAUUCUAACUAAUCUUUCAACGGAAACAAAUAUUUCUAUAAUAUUGAGAGAAUUUCAAACUUAUGUUUCAAGUUCAGAUAUGGAUUUUGUGGCAGCUACAAUUCAGGCCAUCGGUCGUUGUGCCAGUUCUAUUAAGGAAGUCACGGAUACGUGCUUGAAUGGUUUAGUUUCUUUGCUAUCCAACAGAAAUGGUACAGUCGUGGCUGAAAGUGUUGUUGUAAUUAAAAAACUACUACAGAUGCAGCCUUCUGAACAUAAAGAUAUCAUUAUUCACAUGUCAAAGCUGAUGGACUCUAUUACGGUUCCUAUGGCUCGGGCCUCGAUUCUCUGGUUACUGGGAGAGUAUGCCGACAGAGUGCCAAAAAUUGCUCCUGAUGUGUUACGUAAAGUAACCAAAUCAUUUAUACAUGAGGAAGAUAUUGUAAAAUUACAAACUCUUAAUUUAGCUUCCAAACUGUAUCUGACAAAUGCUAAACAGACCAAACUGUUGACGCAGUAUGUCUUCAAUUUGGCAAAGUACGAUCAAAAUUACGAUAUAAGAGAUCGAGCACGAUUUCUGAGGCAGUUAAUAAUGCCUCAAGGAGAGAAACCAUCCUAUCUCUCAAAAUGUGCCAAAAAAAUACUCUUGGCAUCAAAACCUGCACCUCUUUUACAGUCAAAGUUUUCAGAACGAGAUAUUUAUCAACUCGGAUCACUGUCUCAUUACAUCGAUGCCCGAGCAAACGGUUAUUGUGAUUUACCAAAAUUUCCAGAGGUGGCACCUGAUCCUUCAUUGAGAAAUGUAGAUCUACCGACACCUUGGCAAGAUAUAAAAAUAGGAAAAAAGAAAAAACCAGUAAUAAAGAAAAAAUCAUUUUAUUCGGAAACAGAAUCAUCAAGUUCUGAAGAAGCUGCCGAAGGAUCCGCAAGUUCUGAAUCUGAAGCAGAAGAGAGUGAAGAUAAAGUGUCAGGCUCCAGUGAAGAAGACAGCGAAUCUCAAUCUGAAAGUGAAGAGGAAGAAUCUGAAAGAAAUAGUAGUGAAGAAGAAGAAAGUGAAUCUGGAAGUGGCUUUCGAGUUAAAUUUUCAAGGGAUAAAGUGAGACCUGGGAGUAGUAAAGAGGAAGAAAGUGAAGGAGCAGAGGAGAGUAGCAGCAGUGAGGCUGAAGAAUCAACUUCUAGUGAAGAUGAUGAUGAUGAGGACGAAGAGGAGGAAGAUGAAGAAGAAGAAAAGGCUUGGAAUAAAAAGAAAAGUUCAGAAAAGAAACAGCAAUCAGAUAAGAAACCAAGUAAAGAUUUAUUGUUAUUGGAUCUUGAUGAUUUCAAUAUCCCAGCUUCCACAGUUCCAGUAAUGCAACCAUCAGCAAUGACUGUACUUACACCUUCUGCCAUCACUAUUUUAGAUAAACCACUGGAAAAACCCAUAUUUACGCCAAUUAUGAUUCCACCAUUUGUACCUGUUCAGAAACACGAAUUGUUGAACCGCUAUAAUGGAAGUGGUUUAAUUGUCACUUACAGAUUUACUAGGAGUCCAAAUAUCUAUUCGUCUAAAAUGAUAUCUGUAGAAUUGACACUAACAAAUGAGAGUGCAGAAGAAAUUAAAGAUUUAUACAUAUCGGAUAAAAAAUCAAGCAAUGUUGAAGUGAAAGGAGUUACAGAAAUAGGUUCUUUACCUGUGGGAAGCAUGUUAACUAUAACUAUUGGAAUUGAUUAUAAUGAGACAACUCAGCCUGCCUGGUUUGAAUUAAAAUCAAAGAAAAGAAGUCAUAAUCUCUCUAUUAAAGCUCCAAUUGGUGAAACACUUCAGCCAGUUGAAAUUAGCAAGGCAGAUUUCCUUACACAACAGAAUAAACUGAAAGGAAUGAAUGAAAAUACUGGUUGUGUCACCGUUCUGUCAGACAAGAAUGAUCCCAAGUCUAUCAUCAACACCAUUUACGAGACGGCAAAUGUCAAAGAAGUCUACGAGAAAGAAGAACAGAGUGGAGUGUACAGAUUUGCCGCCCAAACUCUAGUUUCUCAUUCUCCGGUUUUAAUUACCGUUCAAGUCUUAAAUGACGGAAAGGCUAACAUCACCGUGAAUUGUGAGAAGAUGAUUAUCGGUUCCAUGCUGCUAAAAGAACUCAAGGAAUCGCUCGGGAAAUGAUCCAAAACUUUAAUUUACAUUAUGUUUAUCUUGAGAUUUUUCAAAGUUGAUUCUCAUUUGAAUCCAAAUCGUUACCGUGGUUAAACAGUUGUCUAAAAUAUAACAGAUAAAUUCCAACCAUAACUUAACCACAGAAAAUAAAAGGUAAUGAAAUUUU